AUGGUGACCCCUAGUCCACGAAAGGUAGUCAUCGUCACAAGCCUUUGUUUGGUGAUUCUUGUGUUGCAGGCAUUCAUUGGACACCGCUACUACGACGCUCGUACAGCAGUCACGUCUAGUGGGUAUCCCUCUGAUACAUCGUUGAACGUCACUGCUGCCGUAAAGCCGCAUAGCCCAGAUGUCACAGCUGACAAUGAGUCUCUGCGAUACAUCCCACACAGCACCAUACAGACAUGGAGGGAGAGGGACUACCUCAUUGUGUUUGGCAUCCCAUCUGUGGAUAUUGAUGAGAGACGGAGACGCCGUUAUCUGCAGCGGACCACGUGCUGGCAGUUCUCCGGUGUUGCACGGAGGGCGAAUAACUUCACUGGGGCCAUGUUGGUGUUGUAUGUACUUGCACGGCACCCAUCACACGGCUAUAAGUAUUCUGAGUCACUACUGGAGGAGACUGAUGAGUAUCAUGAUGUGGUUACACUGCCGAUGAAUGAUGCUCUGCCAACAACGAACAAAACAAUUGGUGGUGGUGGAUUUUGGGGUACCGAGGCUGAGAUUAGCAUGAGCCGAAAAACGUACUUUUGGUUUGAGUUGGCAUUGCGAGUAUUCCCGAAUGUGAACUACAUUUCGAAGGGAGACGAUGACAUGUUCCUGCGAGUACCACAGUUCCUCGCUGAUCUGCGUACACUACCACGCCGUGGGACCUACUGGGGAAGGUUCUGGACGGAGAAGAAUAAACCUUUCUCCCACGCUUCGGGAUAUUGCAUGACACUUGGGAAGGAUAAUGCUGAGCAGUUCGUGUCGUACACACCUCUGCAGCGCUUGGUAUACACGCCGUACAGCAAAGAGGAGGAGGCGAAGUUUUUCUCGCUUAAUAUGCAACACGAAGACAUGAUGGUGGGGUAUGUGCUGCACAAAGUAAUGGGCAAUAAUAUUACCUUUGUAAGUGAACCGCCCUGUCGGUUUCAUGACAUACGAGGAUACUACGGCCGAAAUGUAACGUCGAGUUCUGUUGUAAUGCACCAUAUCAAAGAGAAAGACUAUGAGAAGUUGAUGAAUAUUUUUGGGAACGAUACGGCUCCUCCUGCAAAGGCUUACAAGGUAAUCAAUAAUCGCAUCGAGUUUGAAUGCUAA